CCGAUGCAGCUGUUGCGAAAAAAGGCGGUCGUGAAAAAUAAACCUUGUAAAAUUAUUUAUUCCCGUUAAUGCAACCAAGUUGAAGUGAUUAAGUGACGCUAUGAACACCACCAAGGUGCCGCCGGAGUGGAAGAGGCGUGUCAAAUCGGAAUAUAUCAAAAUCAGGCAGCAGAAGCGCCACAAACGCGCCGACGAAAUCAAGGAGGCGUGGAUAAAGAACUGGGACGAGCACAAUCAUAAUGUACAAGAUCUGUACUGCGAGUCGAAAGUUUGGCAGGCUAAACCCUACGAUCCGCCGCAUGUGGACUGCGUGAAGCGAGCGGAAGUGACCAGCUACAAUGGCAUUCCCAGUGGUCCGCAGAAGAUUCCGAUCUGCGUGAUCAACGCCGUAACUCCCAUUCCUACCAUGUACACGUGGGCGCCCACCCAACAGAAUUUCAUGGUCGAGGAUGAGACGGUGCUGCAUAAUAUUCCCUACAUGGGCGACGAGGUCCUCGAUAAGGAUGGCAAGUUUAUCGAAGAACUGAUCAAGAACUACGAUGGCAAGGUACAUGGCGAUAAGGAUCCGUCGUUCAUGGAUGAUGCCAUCUUUGUGGAACUGGUGCAUGCCCUCAUGCGUUCCUAUAGCAAGGAAUUGGAGGAAGCCACUCCGGGAACAUCUACAUCCGUAAAGACGGAGACAUCUGUGAAACCCAAAGAUGGGAAUGAGGAUGAGGAUGUGGAUGUAGAAGGCGAAUCUCACACAAAACUUGAGAAAACCGAGAGUAAAGGCGAUAUUCCAGUGGUGGAGAAGAAGGAAAAGGAGGAAGCUGAGGCCACCGAGGGCGCCGAUGUUAAACCAGUUGUGGAUGAUGUUAAGGACAAGCUGCCGUUUCCUGCUCCUAUAAUUUUCCAGGCCAUCAGCGCUAACUUUCCAGAUAAAGGGACUGCCCAAGAGCUCAAAGAGAAGUAUAUUGAGCUCACCGAACACCAGGAUCCGGAGCGUCCCCAGGAGUGCACGCCCAACAUAGAUGGCAUCAAGGCCGAGAGUGUGACCCGCGAAAGAACGAUGCACUCCUUCCACACACUCUUCUGUCGGCGAUGCUUCAAAUACGAUUGCUUCCUGCACCGUCACCAUGUGCAGGGCUUGCAGGGACAUGCUGGUCCCAAUCUGCAAAAGCGUCGUUAUCCGGAGUUGAAAACCUUUGCCGACCCCUGCAGCAACUCCUGCUAUAUGUUGAUUGAUGGUAUGAAGGAAAAGCUGGCGGCCGAUAGUAAAACACCACCCAUUGAUUCCUGCAAUGAGGCCAGUUCUGAGGACAGCAAUGACAGCAACAGCCAGUUUAGCAACAAGGACUUCAGCCAUGAGAACAGCAAGGAUAAUGGUUUGACUGUAAAUAGCGCUGCCGUGGCUGAGAUUAACUCAAUAAUGGCUGGCAUGAUGAACAUCACCAGUACGCAGUGCGUCUGGACUGGCGCUGACCAAGCGCUCUAUCGUGUUUUGCACAAAGUUUAUUUAAAGAACUACUGCGCGAUUGCCCACAAUAUGCUCACAAAGACCUGCCGACAGGUGUAUGAGUUUGCCCAGAAGGAGGACGCCGAGUUCAGUUUCGAGGAUCUGCGCCAGGACUUCACCCCGCCACGCAAGAAGAAGAAGAAGCAACGCCUUUGGUCCUUGCACUGCCGAAAGAUUCAGCUGAAAAAGGACUCGUCAUCGAAUCACGUUUACAAUUACACGCCCUGCGACCAUCCAGGGCAUCCUUGCGACAUGAACUGCUCCUGCAUUCAAACGCAGAACUUCUGUGAGAAAUUCUGCAAUUGUAGCAGCGAUUGCCAAAAUCGCUUCCCAGGCUGCCGAUGCAAAGCGCAGUGCAACACGAAGCAGUGUCCUUGCUACUUGGCUGUGCGCGAGUGUGAUCCAGAUCUUUGCCAGGCCUGUGGAGCGGAUCAGUUCAAGCUGACCAAGAUCACGUGCAAGAAUGUGUGCGUGCAGCGGGGACUGCACAAACACCUGUUGAUGGCCCCCUCCGACAUUGCCGGCUGGGGUAUUUUCCUCAAAGAGGGCGCCCAAAAGAAUGAGUUCAUCUCCGAAUAUUGCGGAGAGAUAAUUUCCCAAGACGAAGCCGAUCGUCGUGGAAAAGUUUACGACAAGUACAUGUGCUCGUUCCUUUUCAAUCUUAACAACGAUUUCGUUGUGGAUGCCACCAGAAAGGGAAACAAGAUAAGAUUCGCCAACCAUUCCAUUAAUCCCAACUGCUAUGCUAAGGUGAUGAUGGUCACCGGCGACCAUCGCAUCGGCAUCUUUGCCAAGCGGGCCAUUCAGCCCGGCGAGGAGCUGUUCUUCGACUACAGAUACGGACCCACAGAGCAGCUCAAGUUUGUGGGCAUCGAACGUGAAAUGGAAAUUGUUUAAUAGUCUACUUAUUAAUCUAUUAUCAUAAAAAGCGAAUAAAACUAUAUUUUUAAAAGACA